AAGUGACAAACGGGCAUGUCUGUUCUGCUUCACCUCGCUAAAAAUUUGUUAUUUGGCAGAGUAUCCAACAUGUCUUUUACACCAUACCAAUUCUAUGAAUGCUCAAGGUCCGGAGGAAGAUAUGAAAGAACCCUUGAGGAUGAGAACUGCGCCGUCGACAUGGCCGAGGACGGCCUUUUCAGCUACCACCACCGUUGCCACCAGCCCCAUGCUCGCAAGCGAGUAGUCGAAGUGGUGGAGUACCAGAGGACACCGGAAUAUGGCACUCAUGAAGUGAUCUAUAAAGGAGUUGAAACUGACCGAACUUGCCAACAACAAAGGAUAGGGCAUGGACAUUUUGGCCACUAAAAUUGUUCAAUUAUAACGGACUAUUCACAUGAAGAUAUCUUUAUCUUAAAAAAAAAAUUUCGUAUCUUUAUCUUAAAAAAAAAAUAAUUUGGUAAUUUGCUAGGCAGGAACUAUAAUAAAUGAUACAAAUAUAUGUAUUGGUGUGGUGUGUGCUUGUACUAAUUAAUAAAUUCCUGCUUGCAUUGGCUUGAUCUUAUAUGUAAUCAUCUUAUUAAUAAAGCUUAAUUUAUUUGCAGUA